AGUCAACAUUAGCCAAGAAAGCAGCUAAAUAAAAGACCGUUCCUGUGCCGGUCUGUGGUUACCAGUGGCUGUGGUACUAGUGGUACAUGGUGGUAUCACGGUACGAAGCUGCGACGUAACGUUGUGGUUGAGCGUCUUGCCGGUUUGAUUCACUUGCGUUUGUUCCGUUUCGUAAUCUGUGCUGCAUCUGUGAAGUUGGGACAAGUGGGAACUAGUGUUUUGUGUUUAACGCGAACGUUGGAGUUUAAAUGAUGCCAACAUUUUUUUGCUCUGCGAUGAAAAUUUGUAAUCGUGGAGGUCGCUCUUGUUUACGAGGCUUGCUUUCAACGAAUUAUCCAAUCGCACCUAGCGACCUGACCAAGGAACUCCACACGACUACAUCGUAUCGUGCAGGCCUCGUCUCGGUGAACGACGUGAACGGUAUCCGGGAAAUUACCCUUAACAAUCCAAAAAAACGGAACGUCUUGUCACUUGCUGUGCUUAGGGAACUGGAUGCUUGUUUUAAGGAGGUCGACAAGGAAAACGCCGUUCGCUGCGUUGUCCUUUCUAGCAGCGGGCCUGUCUUCAGCUCGGGACAUGACCUGAAGGAGCUGAAAAUUGAGUCCAGUGAUACCGCCAAAAUUGGAGAGAUAUUUACCGUCUGCACCCGUGUCAUGACGGCGAUACGUAAGCUGUCUGUUCCUGUCGUCGCCCAGGUGAAUGGUCUCGCGGCGGCGGCAGGUUGCCAGCUGGUCGCCACCUGCGACAUCGUACUGGCCACAGACAAGGCUUCCUUCUCGCUUCCAGGUGCUGCGUUCGGUCUGUUCUGCUCGACGCCUGGCAUCGCGGUAGCCCGUUGCGUGCCACAGAAGAUGUCUGCCUACAUGCUGUUCACUGGCAACACCAUAAGUGCUCAAGAAGCGCUGAGAAGUGGCCUGGUGAGCAAAGUGGUCCCCGAAGAUAAGCUUCAAGAGGAAACAGACCAUGUGGUCUCGGCCAUCGUGGCCAAGAGCAAAUCCGUUCUGUCUCUCGGCAAGAAGUUUUACUAUAGACAGAUUCAGAUGGGUAUCGAGGACGCGUACGCUGAAGGCGAGCGAGUGAUGCUCCACAACUUGGAGUACAGCGACUCUCAGGAAGGUAUCAACGCCUUCGCCGAGAAGAGGAAACCAUGCUGGGAACACACAGACCGAAAAUUUUAGUGUUCAAUAUUGUGGUGCUUAAAUGGAUGUAAACAAAAAUUAUCGUGCAAACUUGGUUGUGAGCUUGGUUAGUGGCCGCAUAUCAAUAGGGGCAGAAUGCAAAGAAAAAAAAAGAAAAGAAAAAAAUUGCAACAAACAUUAGAAGAACUUUAAAUAGGUUGGAACGACAGAAAGCUGAGCUAGUUGGUAAGGAUUCAUUAUGCAAAAAAAGAGGCGAGGCGUGCAGACAGGACACAAGAGUAGAGAAGUGGAGAAAUUCCCCUUAGCUGUGGCCAGUUCUACGAGGGACGUGUAUCAAUCGGAGGCUAAUGGAACUUAAAAGGUUGUUAACCGGUGGAUCGCCUUCUAAUCUUUCCCUACAUUGCCUAGAUUGUAACUGCACGCCCGAGUUAAAUGAAUGCGCGAUAUUGUACAGGCAUAAGAAUGAAGAUACGCGUCUUAUAGUAGAGGCAUGGCAUAUCUAUAAUGGUGGAAGUGCAUGCGUGAGUCAGCCUUCGAUUACUUUACAUAAGGAAGAGAUUAAGUGCCUUAACAGUUAUCUCUCGCGUAGACCGGCACAGGUACCCGACUGACACGUGGUGAUACCGAUCCUGAGCUUGCGCAAAUGAGUUUUGUGUCUUUUUUUUCUUUUUUUCGCCUCAGUGCUCCCUUCACUUGACACCGUUUGUGUUGUCCACUUCUCUACUCUUGUGUCCUGUCUGCAUGCCUCACUUCUUUUUUUUUAAAUAGGUGUUAAAAAAUAAUUUGAAGCCCUCCGUUACGGCCUCUUGCAUAGCCAGUGUGUUGGUUUGGGACGUUGAACCCCAUCGUUUAAUACAUUUUAAUUUUAUAGCAUAAGAAAGUUUAGCAACUCGGAUUUGAGAAAAGAAAGAAAAGACAAAACAGAUAGGUGUAUAGCUGAACCAAAAUAAGCUAGACCAAAGCUAAAAUAUUGCAGGGCCCAUCUAGCAGUAAAGAAUAAUGCAGUUUUUGCAGAUUUAUGCCAUUUUUUGUAUUCACCCAGUCUUUCAAAGAGGCAUGAAAAAACCACAUCUGUGACAUGUCAAGACAUGUCGAUAGCAGCUCUCUCUGAUACAACACAAUGUUCACCUUGCUUUACAUGGUUACCUUCAGUGAUGAUAAAGGUUAAAAGGAAUGUUGUACUGUGUACUUGUCACACCAGCUAGCAGCAUGAUACCCUUACCUUCUAAUAGUAGACAAACUUGCUCUGUAAUGCUGCAUCAUGUGAGGAAUAUGCAGAAAGAAAAGGCACUGUUUCUAGGCUGUGAUAUGUACUUUUGAUUUGAGUGCCACAAAGCUGUUUUCUUUGGCAUGAUUGGCACUUUUACUUUGGUGAUUGCAUAAACGCCAUUGCAUCACUCCCUUUCCUUUUUUCUUUACAUGGAUACCAUAUCUUCUGGCACAUAUUCUGCCCCCACUGCACAAUCCACAAGUCCACAAAGGGGAAUUUUGGCAGAACCAAUGUAUGGUGUAUGGUGACGAUAAUUGGAUAAUUUAUUUAUUGAUUGGGAAACUAACCAUUGCAUAGGGCCAUAGGGGCUCAAGUUCUCGUUUUUCACAAGCGUGCCCAGAGUAUAAAAGAUAGUAUUUUUGACAGUUGCACAACUUCUACUCAAUAAGAAAAUGGUAUUAGAAAAUAAACUGUGCAGUGCACACGUGUGAAUAGUUCACACAGCAGCAGCUUUCAGUCUUUAGAGAUAAUAGUAUACAAACUAUAUGACAGAUAAUGAAGUACAUGAAGUGCAACAUUCCCCUAAUAGAAACCACAGUUACUUUUCUUCUUUAGCAAGAACACUUUCGCCUCUAUCAAAGUAGAAACUCAGUGAUCCUAAUGAAUACAAAAGACCUUGGAAACAGGCUAGCAAAAUUUUUUUUUUCCACUAUUUGAAAUGCUCAGUCGUUCCAGAACAAGAAUCGGUAACUCAUCUGCAGUAGUGUGAUUUUUUUGUGGAAAUAAGUAUAUUGUAACCCAGGUGGUGACCACACGUGCUUCCAUUUUUAAACCUAUGUACAAUUCAUAGCUGUGCUCAGCAAAGAUUAUUUGCUAGAACUUGUGCACCUAAUUUUUGCACAUUAGCAGGAACUAACAAGCCAUUUCACAGUCAAGUCAAUAUCCACACGCUGCCUAAAUUGCCUGGGCUGCAUUGUGAUGCACUCCAUCAGCACCCUUUUGCUAGAGAGGCAAAUUUUUUUCUUGUUUGGAGGCUAGAAUUUGAAAGCUGAUAAGAUAAAGUUAGUAGAGAAAGAGAACAACUUUAAUGCAUAACCCCAGUCCAAGCCAUAAGAUUACAAAAAUGAUGAAGUUUGUCAUUUUCACGGGAAUCAGUAUCAUAAACUUGUCAUCCUUGCCAAUAGGGCCAAUACGGCUGUACACAAGCUGACAAAAGAAAGCCUGGAAGGCAGUUGGGCACCUAUCAAGCAAGAAAAUUUUAUCCUGUAAAUGAGUAUGACCUUGGGCCAAGCUUUACAAUUUUAAAGCCAAUUUUCUAAUAAAAGGAAUUUUUUUCUUA